UUAUGAGCGAUAUAUGUAUCCAGCUUAGAUUUUCAAUCCAAAUGAGCUAGCUGAUUUGUAUUUCAUUCUUCUUCUGUAGUGUAGAGAACGGUGAAGCGAUUUGUAGAUCUGAAGGCCGCGCUCCUCCUUCGAUUUGAUCUUGUAGCUUCUCAGAAGUCGUGUCUCAUGGCUAUCAAACUCAAUUCUACUGAUAAUAGGACGCGGAACUCUGUCUCCAUAAUCAUUGUUGUUGGUCUUUGUUGCUUUUUUUACCUACUGGGUGCAUGGCAAAGGAGCGGUUUUGGAAAGGGGGACAGCAUUGCUGUCGAGAUUACGAAACAAACAGAUUGUACAACCACAUCUAAUCUCAGUUUUGAAACCCAUCACGGUGGAGCGGGCAUUUCUAAUGAGCUUUCCAAUUCUAAACCGACGACUUUUGAGCCUUGCGAUGAUAGCUACAUAGAUUAUACUCCUUGCCAAGAUCAAAGGCGGGCUAUGACCUUUCCUAGAAACAACAUGAUCUACAGAGAGCGACAUUGUCCUACCGACGAAGAGAAGAAGUAUUGUUUAAUUCCAGCUCCGAAAGGAUACGUUGCUCCAUUCCCGUGGCCAAAGAGUCGAGAUUAUGUUCCAUAUGCUAACGUUCCUUAUAAAAGUUUGACAGUCGAGAAGGCCGUCCAGAAUUGGGUUCAAUAUGAAGGCAAUGUUUUUAGAUUUCCUGGUGGGGGAACACAGUUUCCUCAGGGCGCUGAUAAAUACAUUGAUCACCUCGCUUCUGUUAUCCCAAUAGCUAAUGGGACUGUUAGAACUGCAUUGGACACUGGCUGUGGGGUUGCAAGCUGGGGAGCUUAUUUGUUGGAAAGGAAUGUGCUGGCAAUGUCUUUUGCGCCAAGGGAUUCACAUGAGGCGCAAGUGCAAUUUGCACUGGAGAGAGGAGUGCCGGCAGUAAUUGGCGUUCUUGGAAGCAUAAAGCUACCCUACCCAUCCAGAGCCUUUGAUAUGGCUCACUGUUCAAGAUGCUUGAUCCCAUGGGGAGCAAAUGAUGGUAUGUACAUGAUGGAGGUGGAUCGGGUUCUCAGACCUGGCGGCUAUUGGGUACUUUCUGGCCCACCCAUCAACUGGAAGAAUAAUUACCAGGCUUGGCAAAGGACUAAGGAGGAUCUUGAGCAAGAGCAAAAAAGAAUUGAAGAGACUGCUGAACUUCUUUGCUGGGAGAAGUACGCUGAAAUUGGAGAUAUUGCGAUAUGGAGGAAGAGAAUGAAUGCUGAUUCUUGUCCUGGAAGGCAAGAUGAACCACGCAUCAAAAUGUGUGAAAUAGUGAAUGAUGCUGUCUGGUAUAAGGAAAUGGAAGCAUGUGUUUCUUCUUAUCCUGAAGUGAAUAAUGCUGAUGAGGUUGCUGGAGGAGAAUUGAAACCAUUCCCAGAAAGGUUAUAUGCUGUGCCUCCCAGAAUAUCUAGUGGUUCUGUAACUGGUUUCUCGGUCGAAUCAUACGAGGAUGAUAACAAAACUUGGAAGAAGCAUGUCUCUUUUUACAAGAAAAUCAAUAAGUUACUCGAUACAGGAAGGUACCGCAAUGUCAUGGACAUGAAUGCAGAACUGGGUAGUUUUGCUGCAGCUAUUGAAUCUCCCAAACUAUGGGUUAUGAAUGUUGUGCCUACAAUUGCUGAUAUAUCUACUCUUGGUGUUAUAUAUGAACGGGGAUUGAUAGGCAUUUAUCAUGAUUGGUGUGAAGCUUUCUCUACAUACCCAAGGACAUAUGAUUUGAUUCAUGCGUAUGGUGUUUUCAGUCUUUACAAGGACAAGUGCAAAAUGGAAGAUAUUCUUCUGGAGAUGGAUCGAAUCCUUAGGCCUGAAGGUGCAGUUAUAUUUCGAGAUGAGGUUGAUGUAUUGAUAAAGGUGAAGAAGACGAUCGGUGGCAUGAGAUGGAGUGCCAAGCUAUCCGAUCAUGAGGACGGCCCUCUAGUACCCGAGAAAAUACUGGUUGCGGUGAAGCAGUAUUGGGUGGCCGGAGGGAAGAACAAGACGGCUGAAACAUGAGAAUAGUGAACCUGUGGAGAACAACUUGUGUGUUAAUUCUCCUGCUGGAUUCGAAAAAACUGGAAUCUGAAGGAGCUUAAUAGGCCGCCAUGAUUGCCAUGUUGGUGCAGGGGCUUGAGGUCUGGAGUGACUGAGUAAGAGAAUUGUUUGGGUGAGAAUUAAGUUAUUUUAGCCGAUUUUGUUUAUGGUAAGCAUUAGGAAUCAUAUUCGGGAAAUUGCUCUUCUUCCUUUUAAUUGUAUGUUGUUUUUUUUGAUGCAAUAUAAUUGUGUUGCUCUGAUAAUAUUCUUCCAUUCAAA